AUGGAUCAACAACCCCACAACGGCCUGUCGUCCUCGGCGUCCGGCCAGGACAAACAACCUCAUAUAAAUCAUUCUAGUCUCUCGCCCUCGGGAGGUGGUUUUGCUGGCCCAGACGACUCAUCCUCCGUCGGGUUAGGCCUCGAUCUCGAUGCUCAACCGCAGCAGGAACAGCCGAACUUAAACUUUGCGGCAACUGGGUCGGACGCUGGGUUUGGCUCCUUUGGCUCGAGUACCAACUUCCUCGACUCACAGCAAGCUUCGUCUCAGCAGGCAUUUAGCCAAGCCAGUGUCUCUGAUCCGACUGUUUUUGACCCUGGCACCAGCUUCGGCCAACAGCCGACUACUGGUCAAGGUACUGACAGGCCACUGUCCUUUGAUGCCCAGUCUCAACCCUCCGCUGCGUACCUAUCUCCAAGUCUCAACGACGGAGAUUUUUCCCUAUUCCCUUCCGGCAGCCAGGGCGACCACUUCAACGCUCCUCUCUUUGAGCAGCCCAGCCUCAACCCGAACGAUAUUAACAGCAUGACCUCACCUCAGUCCCAUCAUACGCCGACUCCUCCAAAUUUGCUUCAGCCAGACAGUCUUCAACCUGGGUCUGCCCACCAGUCGCCUUCCUUCAGCCAACACAACCAGUUCUCUUCUCCUCAAAGCAGUCACUCGAGGAACGUUUCUCUUGGACCCGAGGCUGCCCUCCUACCGAGCCAGAUUGGCGACUGGUCCCAACCCCAGUUUCAGGGCCAUCGUCGCAGUCCUUCUGAAUAUUCCGACGUUUCGUCCGUCUCUCCGUCCCCCAAUCUCGUGAGCGCAGACUCGUUCGACGACCAUUCCGGCCAUUCGCCACUACAAAGAGCGUCAGACGGCAGUCUCUACCAAGACGUUUUGAACAUCGAGUCCUUUAGCAUUGGUGACAGUACUCAACACGGCCGAAGUCCAUCGCAUAGUCCCGCCAUUAGCCCUAGGCUUAACCCUCAGCCAUUACCUGAGAUGCAUCAAUCAGCCUUUGGUUUGGCACCCCCAUCUGGUGGUUUUGGUGGCGGGUUGGGUUAUCAUGGCAUGCAGCUCGGCAAUAAUUCAUUCCCCCCACUGGCUUCCCAAGAGCGAAGUGACAUGUCUCACAUGGCUCCUCCAGCCAUCAACAUCGACUUUGCGCCUAAUAACGCAAAGCAAGGCCCGUACGAGUCAAUCAAAUCUCAUAUAGACCAGGACUCGUUGACUCCGCCUGAUCGAGGCCGCCCAAAAUCGCGCCCACGUUCUGUCACGGACCCUUUUCAUCCUGGUGGUGUAGCAUUGGGUCGACCGGAAAAGUCAGCCAGCCUUUCACCAACACCUCAUCUUUCUGCGCGGUCAGAGUCCUCCCGUUCUUUAUCACCUCUGGACAGGCAGGCUACUUCGUCACCCUCUCGUAGACGUCAGUCCACCUCUGCAGUCCCUAACAAUGUGAUCGCACUGCGGUUGGCAGACCCGGACUAUCAAAAUAGCCCGGAAUCAGGCUCAACAAAGCGUGUACAAAAGCAUCCUGCUACGUUCCAAUGUACUUUGUGUCCUAAGCGAUUUACACGAGCUUACAACUUGCGGUCUCACCUGCGAACACAUACCGAUGAACGUCCAUUUGUAUGUACAGUUUGUGGGAAAGCGUUCGCUCGCCAGCAUGAUCGAAAGAGACACGAAAGCCUCCAUUCCGGCGAAAAGAGAUUCGUCUGCAAGGGAGAUUUGAAAGCAGGCGGCCAGUGGGGUUGUGGAAGACGCUUCGCGCGUGCUGACGCGCUGGGUCGCCAUUUCCGAUCUGAGGCUGGCCGCAUUUGUAUCAAGCCAUUGCUGGACGAAGAGAUAAUGGAGCGUCAAAGACAGUGGCAAGAACAGCGCCUACAGCAAAACAUGGCUCAGAACAUGGCAGCGCCACAGAUGGCCUUGGACCCAGCAACUGGAUACCCCAUGGACGCGAGCGGAAACUAUGCUCUUCCGGCAGCCUUGUUGCAACAGUAUCCUGCGCUGGCCCAGAUGAAUUGGUCCACUCCUGACCCAGGGUCUACAAUGGAGGACGACCUCAGUGGUCGGUCGUCAUUUGAUGCAAGUGACUACGAUGAAGGUGAAGAGGGUGGCUAUGUGAGCGGACCAGGAACAGGUUAUGGGGAGGGCAGUUUGAGUCAGAAUUUUGGAGAAAUUGGCUAUGCCAGCGAUUUUGGCGGCCGUUAG